AUGGACCUGGAAAUGCAGCUUAGGGCGGCGGAGGCCAGAAGGGCCGAGUUGGAGCGGCAACACGCGGAGGCGCUCCAAGCGCUCAGGGGAUGCGGUCCGGAGACUCUGGAGGCCAGACAGUCUCGGGUUAGGGAAUUGGAGAAGAAAGUAGCCUUAGAAACCGUGAGAUGUGAGGAGCUGCAGCUAGAGCUAGCGUCUUCCCAGAGGGGGCGCAUGGGUGCUAGCGUACAGGGCGUCCCAAUGUCCAGCGCCAUGGGCGGCCAAUCGUGGGGCAAUAAAGGUACAGAAAUUGAACGAAUUAUGGCUAAAAUAGAGCAAGAUAACAGAAUAUUAGCUGAAUUAGACCAUAGUCGUUCUACUACUUUGGGAGCCGGCCUGGCCACGAGCGUCAGCUCGCACGCUCUGGGCGAGUGCAGCCCCCCGAUUUCCCCCAUAACCAUGUCCCACACGACGCCCAGCAUCUACCCCACCAACACCAUGGUGGGACACAACUCCUACCAGACGGGCACCACCAGCAUCUCCUGCGGCUACCUGCCUUCCAAUCCGGUGGGGGUGAGCAGUUACAAUCCCAGUUCUACGCAGUACAACAGCCUGGGUCACCACUACACCAACAAGUCCAGUUUGAUGGGCGCCACCAUGAACAGUCUGGGACACGGGGUGGGUAUGGGCACCACCUUGGGACAGAGCAGCGUACUGGGUACUUCCUUGGCCCAAAACCUUACCUCCAUGGGCGGCGGAGUCAUGGGCACCUUACCAUCGAGCCUGGGUACAUCCUCCAUGGUCCCCCCGACCAGCUACACUCAGAGUUCGAUACCCAACACCACGUUCGUCAACCCCCUGUCGUCCAACCCCUCGGCCCUCCAACAGACCUCCUUCAACAAUCCCACGUUCAGCAACCCCGUCACCAGCACCCUGAACCAGUACAGUUUGCCGUACAGCAACCCCAUCAAUCCCGUCACCACCACUUUCAGUAACAACAACGUCACUUUCUCGAACCCCCUGAGUUCCCAGUUUAACAGUUUGCCCCUGACCGGAGGCCCGAUGAGUAUCAAACUGAAGCCGAUAGACGAUGUAGAUCUUGGUACUCGACGGGUGGCCACCCCGGUAACUCCCCAUCCGCCCCCAUGGGGCGGCACUACCAUGUCUGGCAUAACGGAUCUAAGACCCAGGAUGCUUACCGACGGCAUGGACUCGGACUGGAGCGGCUUGCACGGUGGUACCGAUAGGAAUUACUUGAAUGGGCACAAUCCCGUCUCCAGCGAGGGUCAGGUGGACAUGCUGGACAUCCCCGGGAAAGGCAGGUGCUCCGUCUACAUAGCAAGAUUUUCGUAUGAUCCAGAGCCAGACGCAGAAGAAGAGCUAAGCAUUCAGGCCGGGGAUUAUCUGCUGGUGUGGGGUGAACCCGUGGGUCCUGGUGGAUACUUGGAUGCGGAGCUGCUGGACGGUCGAAGGGGUCUCGUGCCGGCUCAUUUCGUCCAGCGCCUCAUAGGCGACGAUCUGCUCGAGUUCCACCAGGCGGUGCUGAGCACCCUGAGGGAAGAGGAGAUAAAUCAGGAGAAUUUCGCUGCCGACGUGCAGAGGUUGAACGAGCUGGCGGAGAUGUCGGAGGCGCAGGAAGACGAAGGGCCGGAAGGUGAGACAGCUGACCUUUUCUUCUCGGUGUUAGUGCCGGCCCCCAGGCAACUCACCCUCGAGCGGCAGCUCAACAAGAGCGUGUUGAUAUCGUGGACUGCGCCUGACGGGACGGGGCCAGGGAAUCAGAUCGAGAGCUACCACGUGUACGUCGACGGAGUGCUCAAGACCACCAUCAAGGCCACAGAGAGGACCAGGGCUCUGGUGGAGGGGGUGGACAGCAACAGGCCCCACCGCAUCAGCGUGCGCUCGGUCACAGCCAACCGUCGUACGUCGCGUGACGCCGCCUGUACCAUGAUCAUAGGCCGGGACACCCAUUCCCUUGGACCCAGCGCCGUGCGCGCCUCCAAUAUCACCUCCACCUCGGCGGUAAUAAGCUGGUUGCCGGCCAACUCCAACCACCAGCACGUGGUUUGCGUCAACAACGUGGAGGUGCGCACUGUCAAACCGGGGGUUUACAGGCACACCAUCACGGGUCUGGCGCCCAACACCCAGUACAGGGUGACGGUGAGGGCCAAGCACCACAGGGCGGCCCAGAACGUGGCUAAUCUGGCGGAGGAGCUGCCCAUGCCGGCGGCGGCUCACACGGAUUUCAGGACGUUGCCGAAGGGGCUGCCCGAUCCGCCCAGCGAUAUUCUAGUCGAACCAGGCCCCCAAGACGGCACGCUGCUGGUGACCUGGCACCCCAUCCUCACCCCGCACCACCCGGGCUCCACCAUCACCGGCUACGCCGUCUACGCCGACGGGAAGAAGGUCACCGACGUCGACAGUCCCACGGGAGACCACGCUCUUAUAGACAUCAGCAAGCUGCUGGGACUGAAUCCCAAACACGUCACCGUGCGCACCAAGGCCAGAGACAGCCAGUCGGCGGAUAGCGUCCCGACGCUAAUCCCAUUGAGCGUUCUAAGGGGGGGAGCGGCCAAGUCGAGGCAGCAACCCCACUCGGCGGUGAUGCCGGCGCACAUAAGGCAGCAGAUGCCUAGGCAGCAGCCCAAUCAGCAGGGGCAGCAGGUCAUAGAACCGGAUGAGAACUUGAGCGACAAGGAAAUAUUCCCAAAUUCUACGACCCACCGCCAACAGAGUGGGAUUCCAUCGAUCGCACAACGAUGCGUUGCAGAAAUAACUAAAGAGAAUUACGAGGGCAACUUGUCCGAGGACGAAAUGUUAGAAAGACGGAACCAGAGGCAGUACCAGCAGAGGCCGCAGCACAGGCAGUCGCAGCAGCAGAGGGCCGAGCAACAGCAGCAGCAACAACAGCAGCAACAACAGGCUCAACAGCAACAGUAUUACCAGCAGCAGCAAGGUAACCAGAUGCAGGGGAUGCAAGGAGCGAGGGGCAACUCCAACAGCGGCCAGAGCAACCCGAACAACCCCCCGAAUCCGCAGAAGAGGGCCAGGUUCUUCGUCGCCCUCUUCGACUACGACCCCGCCACCAUGUCCCCCAAUCCGGACGCCUGCGACGAGGAGCUGCCGUUCUCGGAGGGGGACACGAUCAAGGUGUGGGGCGACAAGGACGCCGACGGCUUCUACUGGGGGGAAUGUAGAGGGAGGAGGGGUUACGUGCCCCACAACAUGGUUAUGGAGCUGGAAGGCAACCAGAACAGGGACAGGUGGGGCGACAUUUACGCUAACAUGCCCGUGAAGAGGAUGGUCGCCCUCUACGACUACGAUCCCCAGGAGCUGAGUCCCAAUGUGGACGCUGAGGUAGAACUGAGCUUCAGCACCGGCCAGAUCAUCAACGUGUACGGGGAGAUGGACGACGACGGCUUCUACAUGGGCGAAAUCGACGGCGUGAGGGGCCUGGUGCCCUCAAACUUCCUCACGGAGGCGUCGGAGCAGUACGGCGCCGGCCAGACGUCCCAGCAGGGCGGGCCCAUGCGAGGGGGGCAGAGGGGAAGGGGCGUGGGUCCCGGGGCCAGGGGUCCCCCGCCCCCGCCCAGGGAGAACCAGAUGAGGGGGAGGAAUAAAGAUGCCUGCCUACCUGUGUAUACCUCUCAGUUAGACUCGCUCAACACGUCUACGACACCGAACACUAUCACCGAGCACCAGCAGGGGAGAGCGAGAGGCAUGCUGAGGCAAGGUGGUAACCAACCCCAGCAGCAGCAACAACAGCAGCAGCAGCAACAGCAGCAGCAGCAGUUCGGGCAGCAGCAGAACGCCAUGCCCCAACCCCAGAGUAACACCACGACGGGAGGAGGGGGCCUGUUCGGCAGCCUGACCGGCCAGCAGCAGCCCCAGCAACACCAACAGCAGCAGCAGCAGCAACAACCUUUCUCGGGCCAAAACCAACCGUACGCGACCAACCAGAGCAGGAUGCAGCAGAAGGGGGUGCCACAGGUGAUACCGAACGUUAUGGUGGGGGGCGGGGGUCCCAUGCAGAACAGCCCGCAGCAGCAGGCGAACAACGCGGGGGCCCCCAAUCUGAUGCAGAAGCUGAACGAGAUCACUGCGCCCGGCGGCGACAUCUUGUCCAAAGGCAAGGAACUGAUUUUUAUGAAAUUCGGGCUGGGUGGGAAAUAA